UAGUUUGUUAUUGACUAUCGGCGUGAACGCAUCGUGCGCUCGUUGUUAACCAUAACGUAAUUGUAACGUGAACUCAACCAAACCAAAAGAAGAAAAAAGCAGACGGAUUGGAAAUAAACGUUUGUCUUGCAAUCGUGGUUGUCGUAUCGUCAGAGCCAGCCGUUCACCAAUAAAACAGAAAAAAAAAUAAAAGCAAUUCAAAAUAAAUUUUCUUUUUUUGUGAAAUUUUUUCGUUUUCAACAUCGUCGUCGUCGGUAGGCUGUUUGUUGUUUCCAUUUUUUCUAAAUGUUGUUUUGAUAACAAAUUCAAUAAAAAGAAAUACAAAUUGUUAAAAAAAAGUAAGUGAAUUAAGAAAAAUCGCUGAAAGGAGAAGAAAUUGAAAAACCAGAAAUAAUUGUGAGCAAAAGUUGUAAAACUAAAUGGAAAAAAAUUUUUGAAUUAGAAAAAUAACAAAAAUACUUAACUGUGACCAAAAAUUAAAAAAAGAGGAAUUUACCAAUUAUUAAACAGAAAACAAAAAAAAUUGUUGUGAAAAUUUUUUAAAACCUUCAAGUGCAAAUUUUAAACAGUUUUUAUUGUUAGCCAAAAAAAUAUAAAAAUAUUGAAAUCAUUUAAGAAAUAAAUAUAAGUUGGUGUAAUGAAUUGUUAAAGAAAUUUUUGAAUAAUAUAGAAAAAAAAAUAAAUUGUUGUUGGAAAAAAGUGUUUCAAACCUCCCCCACCUCUCUCUACACACAAAACCGUUAAAAUUCAAAAAGAUACACAAAAAAUGUUUGACCCUUUUGUGAAAAUCAAGAAAAAGCCCAAUAAUACUAGCACCACCAACAACAACAAUAAUAAUAAUGCCAACAACAACACCGUUAACGGCAACAAUAAUUUAAUAGUGCAAAGUUUAGAAGAUAAUUUCUUACCGAAUUUAAAUGACAUCUCAUCGGUGGAUGCCGAAUUGGAUGAUGAUUGUUUUUGCCUUACACCGCCAGCCACCACACCCACAACGCCUACCCAACAACAACAACAACAUAGCAGCAGUACAGCAACACCAGCACUAAGUGCUGCCUUGGCCCAACCUUCAACGUCCUCGGCGGCCGCCGCUGCUGCAGCUGCUUCAGCAAGCUAUUCCGCAACAACGUCACCUGCUGCCUCGCCACUCAAGGAUUUGACCUCUAGCAGUGCCACAAGCACCACCUGCAGUCGUUUACAGCAGCUAAUUGCUGCACCGCCCAUCAUACAAACACCCCAUUUGAGACAGCAGCAGCAAUUAUUAUCUCCACCCACACCACCGCCCUCAACGCCACCAACACCUGCCUUGUUGCAACAACAACUGCAAAAUAAUUGUUCCCAACUACCCAGCACCUCCUCAGCCUCCUCCUCCUCCAAAACCGUUGCAACGCCAUUACUGUCGCCAAACGCGGUACCGCAGCAACAGCCGACGUCGGUGUUGCAACAACAUUUGGGCCAUACCAACGCCAGCUCGCAUGCUGCCGAGCAAGCAAUAGUAGCUGCGGCCGCUGCUGCUAUUGGCGGCUCACCUUCAAGACCCAACCUGCAAACCUUGGCCCAACAUUUGGCCUCACCGCCCCAAAAUCACCUGAAUCAGUCAUCUGCCAACGUUUCUGUCUCUGCGCCCACCUCACCUUUGUUGCAGGAAAUUUUCAAUUCAAAUAAUUUACAAAAUGUAUUAACCAGACAAAGUUCCUCAGCCAGCAACUCGAGUACAAAUACAACAAAUAGUAGUUCUACAACAACAACGUCGUCAUCAUCAUCAGCAGCCUCCUCUCCAUCAUCUUCAUCGUCCUCGGCCAAUUCUACCCUAAGAAGUUUGGUUGCAAAUCCUCCCGCAUCGCUGAUAACAUCAAGUACAACUUUGAAUAGUAUUAUUGCCAAUCGUUUGAAUUCCCCACCGAACGCAAUCACAGGAUCGUCGACGUCCUCGUCAUCAUCAUCGCUGGCCUCAACAUCAGGAUCCUCCUCAACAUCUACAAGUAAUACCAGCUCUUCGUCGUCGUCCAACUCCUCCUCCUCCUCGUUUCAGCAGCAACAUUCCGCUUUGACAAAUUCAAUAACGCAUCGUAUACAUCAAUCCAUACGCCGGCAUUUAAAUCAGCAGAGUAAUAGUUUAGCCACAAAUUCCCAGCAACAUAACGGCCACAAUCAGCAACAACAACGGCUCUUGCAACAUUCACAAUACCAACAACAACAAUAUUCACAAAAUCACCUGCAACAAGAACAGAGGCAACAUCACUCAUCGAGACAUUCACACCAGCAGCAGCAGCAUCAUCAUCACCACCAUCAGCAACAACAAUUGCCACAGUUCUCCGCUUCCGGUUCAUUGGCAAAUUCUUCUUCCGGUUCCGCAUCGUCUGCCUCUUCUUCUUCUUCGUCGUCUUCAUCGUCAUCAAAUUCCAAUUCAAAUUCACCCGUGUGUGUAGUAUUAUUGGUCAAAUGUCCAAAUUCAAAGGAAUAUUGUAAUGCAUUACAAGCCCACCAAAAUCACAAUCUAAUACCUCCUGCAACAUUACAACAAUUACAACAACAACACCAGCAUUGCUGUGAUAAUAAAAGAUUGCCGGUGAACGAAUGUCAGGCAAGUCAAACUGCUAGAGUGACAUCGAACCUAAACGCAUCCAGUAGUACAAUGGCGGUCAGUCGUGUACCCUCACCGCCCUUACCGGAAGUUAAUACCCCGGUUGCAGAAAACUGGUGUUACACACAGGUGAAAGUGGUUAAAUUUAGCUAUAUGUGGACCAUAAAUAAUUUUAGUUUUUGUCGCGAGGAAAUGGGUGAAGUCUUAAAGUCCUCCACAUUUUCCGCCGGUGCUAAUGAUAAACUGAAAUGGUGUUUACGUGUCAAUCCAAAAGGUCUAGAUGAAGAAAGUAAAGAUUAUUUAUCCCUAUAUUUAUUAUUAGUUUCCUGCAAUAAAUCAGAAGUUAGAGCCAAAUUUAAAUUUUCCAUAUUAAAUGCUAAAAGAGAAGAAACCAAAGCCAUGGAAUCACAGAGAGCAUACCGUUUUGUACAAGGCAAAGAUUGGGGUUUCAAAAAAUUCAUACGACGAGAUUUCCUAUUGGAUGAGGCCAAUGGCCUAUUGCCUGAAGAUAAAUUGACAAUAUUCUGUGAAGUUAGUGUAGUGGCCGACAGUGUUAAUAUUUCCGGCCAAUCAAAUAUUGUACAAUUCAAAGUGCCCGAAUGUAAGCUAAGUGAAGAUUUGGGUAAUCUCUUUGACAAUGAGAAAUUCAGUGAUGUAACGUUAGCCGUGGGUGGCCGUGAAUUCCAAGCACAUAAAGCAAUAUUGGCAGCACGCAGUGAUGUCUUUGCUGCCAUGUUUGAGCAUGAAAUGGAGGAGCGUAAAUUGAAUCGUGUCGCCAUAACUGAUGUUGAUCAUGAAGUUUUAAAAGAAAUGUUACGUUUUAUUUAUACUGGCAAGGCGCCAAACUUAGAUAAAAUGGCCGAUGAUCUCUUAGCAGCAGCUGAUAAGUACGCUUUGGAAAAGCUGAAAGUGAUGUGUGAGGAAGCGCUGUGCGUUAAUCUCUCCGUUGAAACAGCCGCUGAAACAUUAAUAUUAGCCGAUCUCCAUAGUGCGGAUCAAUUAAAAGCACAAACAAUAGAUUUUAUUAAUACUCAUGCCACCGAUGUUAUGGAAACCCAGGGAUGGCAAAACAUGAUCACAACACAUUCACAUCUAAUUGCCGAGGCAUUUCGUGCGCUUGCAACACAACAAAUCCCACCGAUUGGACCACCCAGGAAACGUGUAAAAAUGAGCUGAAAUUUCAAUAGUAGUAGAAGACAACAACAAAGGCAGCAUCAGCAACAACAACAGCAACAAUUGCAAUUGCAACAAAAACAACACAUUAUAGAUAAUCAAGAAAAACAACAACAAGAUAAAUAUAAUAAUAAUAAUAGAGAUAAUAAUGAAAACUAUAAUUAUUACAUCAACAACAACAACUACUAUAAUUACAACAACAAAAACAGCAGCAACAACAAAAACAACUAUUAUUAUAAUUAUUUCUAUUAUUAUAACAUAAAAUGCAAAACAACAACAAAUUUGAAACAACCAACAACAACAACAAAAACAACCUUACAUUGUACGAUUAUGAUAAUAAAAUAUUUUUUUAAAAAUUUCAUCAACUAUAACAAAAUGAAAAUUAAAAUAAAUUUAGCUGAUAUUUUCAAUAGUACUACGACUACUACUACCAAAUCCCUUAUUAGCAACAACAACAACCACAAUAGUAAUAACAAAAACAAUAGCAAACAUUUGCCAUUUGGUAUUCCAACAAAUGUCUUCAAUUCAAGCAACAUCACCACCAACACAACUCAUAACUAUUAUAACUACUACUACAACAAGAACAAGAACAACAAAAACAGCUGUUUUAUAGGUCUACAACAUUUACUCCUAAACUAUUUGCAAUUCCUGAAAUUACAACUUGUUCAGCAGUAUUUAUUCUUCUGUGAAUUUUUGUGACUAUUUAUUUUAAGGUCUAUAUAAAAGAAACAAGAAAAACAAAACACAAAACACAUUAUUGUAUUAUUAUAAUUAAAUUACUAAAUUAGAAAUUUAUCAAUGUCGUCGUCUUGAUGUUUAAUAUUCUAUUAAAAAAAAAAACAAAAAGAAUACAAACAAACAAACGAAAACCAAAUGCUGAACAAGUUGUAGUUUUGAGAGAAAAGCUGGAAAAUAAUUCCCCAACAAAACCGAAAAGAAGAUCAUAGUAUGCAAAUUAAGAAAAAGCAAAAAUCCCCAAACAAUAUUUGAUGUAGUAGAUCAUUGCAAGAACCAAGCAAAACAAAAAUAAAUUUCAAAUCAAUGCAAAAAAUUCCUCAACUCAAAUGUAGAAAAAUCGGUUUGUAAGAAUACAAAUUUUGUUUUAAUUUUCUAGAAGACAAUGCAUACCUAUUGUAGACAUGAAAACGAACUAUAUUCUCUAUAUCCAUCUCCCCACCACCACCUAAAUAUCUAUUACCUAAUUUUUGUAAAUCCAAAAUCCUUUGUAAAUGUACAUUUUUUUCUUAAUCGUUGUUGCUUAUCUUGGUAGACAUUAUUUGGUUGAAAACAAAUAUUUGUUUGCUUCCUUCUUUUUUAUGAUUUUAAUUGGCCUAUCUUUUUUGUGUGUUUGAAUACAAUUUGGUCCAAUCACCGUACAUGCUACAUACAUACUGAUUCCUUUACGGUUUAGUUUUUUUUAUAAAUUCAAUUGUUUACAAUUUAUGGUAUAAGUUAUUUUUUAUUUUUGAGAUUAUCCUACAACUCAACAUCACCCGCUUUCUCUCUCUCUCCAGCCUUCGCAUACAUUAUCGGUACAUUUCGGACUCGUCAGACGGCCUAGGUCAUCGCUGUGUAGAUGUAAAUUGAAAUUGUAUACAGGCUUUGGAUGAGUCGCACCUACAUUGUCAGUGGUCUCAGUUGGAAGAUGUAUGUGCAAAAAAAUCCGCUGAGAAGAACAAUUUUAGCUUGGUAUAUUUUUUUCCCCAUUCCAAUGUGUUUGCUAUUUGAUCUUUGUUAAUAUUUUGCUAAAAAAAAUAAAUAUUGAUGUUAGGAAUUGUCUGGAAUUGCUUGAAAAUAAUUAAAAAAAAUGGUUUUAAAAGAUUAAAUACCCGGGAAUUUUCAGCUAUUUUGUGACAAAAAUAUUUUUAAGGGAAAAGUUUGUAAACAAUUAAAUAUUCCAGAAUUUGUCAUGAGUUUUGCCAGAAGAAUAUUCUAAAGGGAAAAAGGGCCUUAAAUCAGGGUCAUUAAAACUGGAACCAAACUAAUAUAAUUGUGUUUGGAAAAAGUAGAAUGUAUAAGAGAUCAUUUAUUAUUUAAAGUGAUUGCCCAUUGCAAUAUGAUGACGUUUGUUGACCGUUGUUUAUGCCUGU